AUGUCCUUCGAAAGCGGUGCUGCCUAUAACAACGCCCUGAUUCCAAUUGUCCGCGGUGACGUCCAGCCCGACCGCUCAGUCCCGGCGCAGUGGAUGAUGUAUGACUUGUGGGAGGACAUGCGUGCCUGUGACAAGGAGCUUGCAGAUGAUAUCCUCGAACCCGUCUUCACAUUCAUGAGAGCGCAGACAGACAAGGCCCGUCUCAGUAUCGGUGAGAUGGGCGAGUACCUCGUCUACCGCGAGAGGGACGUCGGAAAGGCGCUUCUCUGCGCUCUAGGCCGAUUUAGUAUGGAACUGCGCUUGACUCCCGAAGAACUUGACUCUGUCCAGCCGAUUGAGAAAAACUGCGCCAAGCAUCUGUCUGUCGUCAACGACAUCCUCAGCUGGGACAAAGAACAUCUCACGUACCUCACCGGCCACCCUGAGGGCUCCGCCCUUUGUUCAGCGGUUCAGGUCCUCUCAAAGGAGACUUCGCUGCCAUAUUCUGCCUGCAAACGUGUUCUUUGGGUACUCUGUCGCGAGUGGGAGGCUCAGCAUGAUGUCCUUGUUGAGAAGCUGGCUUCCGGUCGUACACUGAGCCCUAAAGUUCUGAAAUACAUCAAGAGCCUUGAAUAUCAAAUUAGUGGGAAUGAGCAGUGGAGCGUGACUACCCUGCGAUACAACUUUGUUGCACCUGCUGAGGCUUAG